UUUAUUGGAAAUUUGCACCUCUGAAGUACAAUAUCAGCUAAGACAGGUCCUAAACCGGAUGGCCUCCAUGUCAGAAUCUAAUUUUAAGACCUUCGUUGUCUUAUUAUUAUAUAUUGUGGUCGUUUGUGGGAAAAUGUUAUGUUAUGCAAGUGCUUUACUUUCACCUCCCAGCAGUGACCCUUCCUCGUUUUGGCCGGCGGAACAAAAGAAUGGUUCAAGGUGCUGGGGGACGAAUUUGAGGAACGGACUUGCCAGUGUUUAGUGUUUUCCCAUGUUUUAUUAAAGUGAUUAAACAGCAACGACGAAAAUAUAUUCGGACAUGUCAGCCGUGCAAUAGAGCAGGAGUGGAGAACCGACGGUAUAAAUAAAUGUUUUCGGUAAAUCAGUUUUACGCUGCGUGGAGGACAAUUAGCUUUAGAACUGAAAAGCUAACUCCGAUACCUCUGUGGUGGCUGAGGUCGAGUAACUGUCACACGGCUCCCGACGCUGUUUUACAACCGGACAAGGAAAAAGCAGCUCCCAAAAACCAGGUAACUAAAAGGCACAAAAAAGAAAGAUCUUCAUGUCGACCAGUACUGGACCUCUUUGACCAGCAGUACAGUCAGGAACUGGGAGAGUUGUGGGCACCUGCAAGAUCAGUGCUCCUGAGCCCUCACUCCUGGCAAUAUGGGGUCAUGCUUAACCGCUUCACAUCUGUGACAGAUGUCACACAGAUUCUCCAGUCACAGGGCUUUUCCAGGUUCCUGCCACAAACAGAUGUCUCCACAUUGCUUUGCGAUGCCUCCUCACCAGUAUCUGGUUCUAAAUACCAGACAGGAAAAGACUCUCUGUUGUCAGCUCACUGCAUCUCUAAGUGUCCUGCUGAUGAUUCUCAUCCCCAGCCUGACAGCACCUCUCAUGCACUCAGUCAGGACCUUAAUUCGGGGCCAGUACCCAGUUUCUCCCAUCCAUCACUACAGUGUUAUAUGCACUCAUAUCCACUGAGAUUUCCCUCUCAGGCUCACAGGCCUGGCCAGCUGAAACAGUACUACCUCCUGAAUGCUGCCUCCCUGCUUCCGGUGCUGGCUUUGCAAGUCAGAGAUGGGGAGAAGGUUUUGGAUCUUUGCUCAGCCCCGGGGGGUAAAGCCUUAGCCAUAAUGCAGUGUGCCACACCAGCACUUCUCUGUUGUAAUGAACCAGAUCCUCACAGACGGGAAUGGCUAGCCAAAACUCUGGAGUCUUUUCUGCCUCACUCACUUAACAGUAAAGUGAUUGUGUCCGGACAGGAUGGACGAUGUUUUGGGCAGAGCGAGGAAGAAACAUAUGACAAGAUUUUAGUCGAUGCUCCAUGUUCUAAUGACAGGAGCUGGCUGUAUUCUUGCAGUAGCCAGCAGGGGGAACAGAGACUGAAGGAAAGAGCCAAACUGCCUGCACUCCAGGCUCAGCUGCUUAGGUCUGCACUGUCAGCUGUGCGUCCAGGGGGCCUUGUAGUCUAUUCAACUUGCACACUGUCCAACUCUGAGAACUAUGCUGUGGUUGAGACAGUGGUCAGUGACUGUCCUGAAGCUGAACCUGAAGACCUGUGGGAAGAGAUUGCUGUUCCUUUAUCAAAAUACUUUGCAUUUAGCCCUCCUUACCCUGGUCAUAGACAGUCAUCUCACAAGCCCUCCCUGCAGCCACAGAAUGGCGCUGUGUCCUCUUAUCACCACAGACUUGGUAUUUUAGUGGUUCCUCAGCCUGGCAAGACCUGGGGACCCAUGUUUUUGUCUCGGAUUAGAAGAAAGAAAUAGUGGGUAUCCUCCUGUGCAGAAAAGAUAUGUGGAAACAAAUGGCUAAACACACACAUUUUUUUUGGUGCAACUUUCGUUACCUCUGGGUUAUUUAAGAUGCAAAGUACCUCAGAGGACUGAAUCACACACAGAAACUUACAAACUUCCUAAUUUACUUUUCUGUGCCUCUUAAAGAAGAGCAAAGUAAUAGAAGCAUUAGUUUCGACAUGCAGCUCUAACGGCGUCAGUGUGACCACAUGGAGAGAAAGAAAAGUUAUAACUGUUGCAGUUUAAACACUUGGUCACCUGCAAGAGAAGAAGUGUUGCAGCUGCAGUUUUUGCUGUUUAAAGCAGAUGUUCUUUGUGUGUGUGUGUGUGUGUGUGUGUGUGUGUGUGUGUGUGUGGCCUGAGAUUUUAUAUUCGCCUUAAACAAUCACAUAAAACAAAAUAAAAAUAGAACA